GCAAAUCUGUGCGACAGUCGCUUAAAAUACAUCUGUUGCGCAGGCAAGUAAUUUCCAAAGGAGGUAUUAGUGCUUUAAAUAUUUAAAAAUAAAGGAAAAUACUCCAAAUAAAAAUAGCAACUACUAAAAGUGAAAACUCCGAAAAUUAUCUGUACUAGUUAAAAAAAUAAAAUCUCUCCUCCACUACCACUAUUCCUGCCAACUCCAGCGCUACAAAAUGGAUUUCUACCUUAUAAUAUUCAUCACACUCUUCUCGCUGCUGAUCAGCUACCUGCGCUACAAAUAUCAAUACUGGGAGCUGCUGGGUGUACCUCAGAUGAAAAUGAACUUUCUAUUUGGUAACAUCUCUCGCCUGCGUAGCAUAAGCAGAUCGGAAAUUGUGAGCGAUGCCUAUCAGCAAUUUCGUGGCAAGGCCAAAUUUGUUGGUACAUACAUCUUCACCAAACCAUUAUUGGUAAUACUCGAUUUGGAUUUGGUGAAGGCUAUUCUUAUUAAAGAUUUCAAUAAAUUCACCGAUCGUUUUCAAUAUAGUGCCGAUCUUGGCAAUUCAAUCAGCGCAAAUCUUUUUGCUCUGCACGGUGAGAGGUGGCGCCCAUUGCGCAUCAAACUUUCACCCACAUUCACAUCGGCCAAAAUGAAGUUUAUGUUUCCCACACUGGUGGCGGUGGCACGUCAGCUUGAUGAGGCCUUCAGCGAGGAAUUGACGCAAGCCAAGGACGGUGUUAUUGAGCUGCACGACAUGAUGGGACGCUAUACUACCGAUGUUAUCGGCACUUGUGCCUUUGGUGUAGAAUGCAAUAGUUUGAAAGAUCCUAAUGUAGAAUUUCGGCGCAUUGGACGGCAAAUUUUCUAUCCAAAUUUUCUUUCAAUACGCCUGCGCUUGUUUUUGAUCACCUAUUCGGGGAUAUUUAAAAUAUUAAAAUAUUUUAGGCGCACAACCAAAGAGGUUGAAGAGUUUAUAAUGCGGCUGGUGCGUGACACGGUGCGUUUGCGUGAAGAGCAGAAAAUUCAACGUAACGAUUUUAUUAACUUGCUGAUUGAGAUGAAAAAUACUAGGGACGAAAACGGUAAACCUAUGUUGACUUACGAAGAGAUGGCUGCACAGGUAUUCAUCUUCUUUGCUGCUGGAUUUGAGACCAGUUCGAGUAAUAUGACUUAUGGCCUAUAUGAGAUGGCCAAGAAUCCGCAGUUGCAGGAGAAAUUGAGAGCUGAAAUUGUCAAAGUGCUGGAGAAGUACAGCGGCGAGUUGACUUACGAGGCGAUGAUGGAAAUGACCAAUUUGGAUCAGGUGAUCACAGAAACUCUUCGCAAAUAUCCUGCCUUGGCAUCGCUUACACGCAUUUCAGUCGAAGACUACAAAUUGCCCGACACCGACAUUACACUUGAGAAAGGCACACGCAUUUUCGUACCAAUCAAGGAGAUACACUACGAUCCGGAUAUAUAUAAAAAUCCACACGAAUUCCGCCCGGAACGCUUCGAUCCAGUAGAAGUGCAAAAGCGUCAUCCUCAAGCCUUCCUCGGCUUUGGCGAUGGACCACGCAAUUGCAUUGGCCUACGUUUUGGACGCAUGCAAGUGCGUGUUGGAUUGAUAACGCUAUUGAAAUCUUAUCGUUUUAGUUUGUGCGAGAAAACGCCAAAACAAAUAGAGAUAUCUAAAUAUAGCAUAGUGCUAGUACCAGGCAGCGAAGUAUGGCUGAAAGUGGAGCGGCUGUAAACGCAUACAUAUACUGAGUACGUACAUGAGUGGGGCCAGAUAAGUCUUAAGAUUAUUCAUACCUACAUACAUAUGUAUGUCUAGAAACAGACAUGAUAAGAUAUCGUUGUAAGUAUGUGAUAUUAUAAGAAAUAUAGUACACUGCCUAAUUUAUGUAGAGAUGUAUACAUGGCCGGCUUUAACGAAUUGGGCACCCCAGGCGAAUCAUGCAUUGACGCCCUUUUCUAUUUGAUAAUAACAAACUAUUUAUUCUAAAAUCUUGAACCAAAUUUUUGAGAAUCAAUAAAAAUAUAUGUUUACAGCUAUUAAGUAAAGGAUUCCAAAUACACAGGAAAGAUUUACUGAAGCUGAAUUUUUUGUGUUCGCAAACUGUGUGUAAAACUGUCAAAAUCUAUAUUACACAAGAUACAGUAGAAUUGAG